UCACCUUGUACAUGGGCUAUAGCCUGUUCCAAACUGUGAAAAUUCACCUUCCGUGAGGAAGCAAGAUGUUACCAGCUAAGACUGUCCUUGCGUUGGCAGUGCUCACUCCGCUUGCCUUUUACACCGUACGUCUAAUCACCAACUUACUCGCCUCCGACAGAGACAUUCCGGGCCCAUUCUGGGCGCGAAUCACAAAGCUCUGGUACUUGAGGCAGAUGAUUAAAGGAGAUUUUCAUGAAACAAACAUUGAACUUCAUCGCAAGAAAGGAUCUAUAAUUCGAGUUGCUCCCAAUCACUAUAGCUUGAACGAUCCAGAGUGUCUCAAAACAGUCUACGGUCUUGGAUCCAAAUAUAUCAAAUCAACGUGGUAUGAUGGAUGGAAUAUGCGAGACGACACGACCCUCACCAGCCUGUUCACGGAAAGAGACCCCAAAAGACAUGCGGCCAACCGUCGCAAGGUUGCAAAUAUGUAUACCAUGACCGCAAUGACCGCCUACGAGCCUUUCGUCGAUAGCUGUAUUGACCUCCUACGGAAGCAACUGGAUCGGGCAAGCUCGUCACUGUCAGUGUUCGAUCUUGGUCACUGGAGCCAGUGCUAUGCCUUUGAUGUUAUAGGUGAAAUCACGUUUGGCGAGCGUUUUGGCUUUCUUGACCAGAUGUUGGAUGUCAACAACAUCAUCGCCACCCUUGACACCGGUCUCGGCGCUUCCUCAUAUAUCGGCCUAUACAUAUGGCUUCGGCCGUACUUCAUCAAAGCGCUCCGGAUCGCGGGAUCUCUGACCAACGACGCGCUGUUAGUCUUCGUCACAAGACACAUUAAUACGGGUAAUGCUGAGAAGAUGCUCUCCGGAUCAGAUACAAUUGAAUCUCAUUCACCAAUGCUGCAGAAGUUUCUUCAAGCCAGAGCAGCUAAUCCGGACCAUUUCAGAGAGUGGGAUGUCAUGACCAAUGUGCUUUCCAACAUCGGCGCAGGCAGUGACACGACCGGCCUCAGUCUCAGCGCUGUCUUCUACUAUGUUUACACAAACCCCGGGGUACUCCAGAAACUCCGGGAAGAAUUGGAGGCUGCUGAUCUUAGUGACCCGCCAACGUUCAAGGAAGCGCAGAGGCUGCCUUACUUCCAAGCUGUCAUCAAAGAAGCUCUUCGGAUGCAUCCCGGGACUGGGUUUCCUAUUUUCCGCGAAGUCCCUGAGGGCGGUGCGGUGAUAUCCGGUCAUUAUUUCCCACAUAAGGCAAAUGUCGGCGUGAAUUGCUGGGUGAUUCAUCGCGACAAGGAAGUCUACGGCGCCGACGCCGACGUCUUUCGUCCAGAACGGUGGCUCGAAGCGAGCGAAGAUAGGAGGAAGCUCAUGGAGCGCAGCUAUAUAGCAUUUGGACUUGGAUCGCGGACAUGCAUUGGGAAGAACAUUUCUCUGCUGGAGAUGAAUAAACUGCUUCCGGUUGUCAUUCGGAAUUACGACGUGGAAAUUCUUGACAAGGACCGGUCAUUGCAGUCUUGUAACCGCUGGUUCGUGAAGCCAGUCAACUUCAUGGUGCGUGUUCACAAAAGGGCAAGUGUCAGUGCAAAGGACAAGUGAAAAGAAAAGAGGUUUUGUUUGGUGGUAGAGGAUAUUUUGUGUAUAAGCGAAGUGCAACGAGAUCUACCGUUAUGUAGCAUAUACUCGAUAGCCCUUGAUCUGAUUUUGGAUCGUCAUGUCAUUCGACUAAAGCUCCCAAGAUCCAAUUCCUCUGGGC